CAAAUCACAAAGUGUGUGUUGUUGAAUAAUUUGUGAAGCAGACCUUUCUUUCCAGUCGCGAUUUCGGGGCGUUGAACACGCUUCCGAUUCUGUAGGUUCAAAUCGUUCUUUGAUGAAUUUGUCUGUACAGUUUGGAAGGACAUAUUUCAUCAAUAUCUAAUUUAGUGUGCCAGUGGCAAAGAGAAGAAAUCCGUUAAGCUAGCUGCUGCGAGCAGACAAGGAGAGGUAAUGGAAAGUAAAUUACCAGCUGCAAAAUGGCGGACUCUCUGGUUAGCGAUUCUUCUUUAUUAUGUUUCCGGAAUAAAUGAAGCCCAAUGUGACAUCCUGCCUGUGCGACCCAUCCACCACAACAACACUGCCUUACGUCAGGUACUGGAAGCUUUGACAGCCAAGUAUCCUAACAUCACACGGCUGUAUUCCAUCGGUAAAUCGUAUCAGGGCAAGAGCUUAUGGGUAAUCGAGAUCACAAAGGAUCCUGGGAAACAUUUACCUGGCAAACCUGAGUUGAAGUACGUAGCAAAUAUGCAUGGAAACGAGGUUGUGGGACGCGAGUUGCUUUUGCUGUUAGCUGACCAUUUGUGUUCAAACUACGGGCGCGACCAGAGGAUAACAAAACUUGUUGAUACAACUCGAAUCCAUCUGUUACCAUCAAUGAACCCUGAUGGAUGGGAGAGUUCUCAUGUGGGCUGCACGGGUAUUAAAGGCAGAUUCAACGCUAACGGGGUGGAUUUGAAUAGAAAUUUCCCUGACCCUUAUGACGGACAAACGAAUGAACUGCAGCCCGAGACACAAGCUAUUAUGAACUGGAUACAUAGGGAACCAUUUGUCCUGUCAGCCAAUCUACACGGUGGAACGUUGGUUGUCAACUAUCCCUUUGACAACCUCCCUAGUGAGCUAAAGAGAUCCACCACUAGAGUAUACUACAGCUCCCCGGAUGAUGACAUUUUUGUCAAUAUCGCCAAACUUUAUUCUAAGACACAUCCCACAAUGCACAACGGUAAUCCACGAUGUCCGAUCCAAAGAGAAGAGAAGUUUCCUGACGGGAUCACAAACGGCGCGGCCUGGUAUCCAAUUUCGGGAGGAAUGCAGGAUUACAAUUAUUAUAAAACAAACUGUUUCGAGAUCACCUUGGAGCUUGGUUGUUGUAAAUACCCCCCUGCUCGUUACCUCUCCCCUUACUGGCGCGCAAACCGUGAGGCCUUGCUCAAGUAUAUCGAAUUGGUGCAUAACACAGGAAUAAGGGGCUUUGUUUUUGACGAAAAGGGCCGUCCGAUUGAAGGUGCGAAAAUCAUCAUUGAGAACCGUGCUAAAAAGGUCAAGACCUACAAGGAUGGCGAUUAUUGGCGUUUAUUGGUGCCAGGAAAUUACAUCAUCCGUGUGGCUAAACGAAAAUAUAAAAAUUCAAAAAAGACAAUCACGGUUGAUCCAGAUGCCAUCGCAUAUGCUAAUUUUACUCUCGUAAGGAAGAGGUCAAAGAAUUUUAGCAGACGUCGACUGGCCGCAAAGAUGAAUCCCGUGGCUCAGCCAUUGAAGUCGACCAAUAACGUGUCGUUCCACAAAGUUGUCACUCACAGGGAUAAAUUGCGGCUAUCAGCAAAGUCUCCAGGAAAGUCUGCUUCUACUGUAUUAGGUCCUUUUAUCAUAACUAGUCUCGUUUGCUUUGUUUUAGUUGCUCUAUUGAAAUAGUCCACCUUUUUCUUAUCGCAACAUUUCUGCAUUACAUUUAAUCAUUUUAUUAAAGGCCGUUUACUUUCACCACAUUUUUUUCAUUUUUCAGAAUACAAUUUUAAAAUUUUCAAGUUAGUGUCGAAACCAAAGCGGGAAUCUAUUGUUUUGCUGCUCUGCGCCUCUUGACUGCGUCACAAAUCUCUUGCCAUUAUCUAGUGAAUUCAGAAGAAGAUAUCCAGCCAAUUCUGUUUUACACAGCAGUCAAACCAAGUUGUCCCUCAGGAGUUACAAACAAAAAAAGUCAGUAAGUCACUUAAAUAAGCUGUUCUGAAAGUCUCGAGUUUUCCUUUUCCCUACUUUUGUUUCCUUUUGCAGAUUUAUAAUAACUUUCAAUUUUAUUACUUACUUUACGAGAUAGCGGUUGCUUGUUAUGUUUUCCUUUGAAAUUUUGCGCGGGAAAUUGGUGCGCGGUCGGCCAGAAUCGAUCCCCUAGAGCAUGGCCCAUGUUUGACCGCUGUGUUAUCCACGUCAAUUGCGUUUUCCCGCCUUUUGAGGUCGAACGCAAGUGUUUUAUUUCGAGUUUUCAUUGGCUCUUGUAAUGCUGAACUUUGUACUAAUUAGCCAUUGUGAUUAUUUUGGUUUUGGCUACGACACUUAAUCGAAAAUUGCUCUUACAUUUCCAAACUUUUUUUUUUUUACUUUGCAUAAUGGUCGUUCAUUCUUAGGACUCUUAAGAGUAUAUCCGUAACAGUAAUUGUGGGUUAUCACGUCCUCUAUUUGUUUUUAUUUGUAAAACUCGGCUGCAUUUUUCAUGUGAGAAUGACAAUUGUUAAACUGAAGCUAGGAGCAAAUGUAAUUUCCAGGCAAGUGACAAGAGCAGGCACAAAUUGAGUUGCCUCGUUUUUAAUCAGGAUCAGAUAGCCUGAUUGGCGAGGAUUAGUACGAUUUAAGAAUAUUCACAAAGAAGAAUUUGAAAGAUUUCAUUGUCGCACGCAACACAUGGCUUCUUUUGAGCAAGCUUUAAUUUCUAUAUUUCUUUUUACCUCCAUACGUUUUGUUCACGGAUUUUGGGUUUGCUGUUUAUUUUAUGCUUACAUUGGACUGAAUAAUGUAACGAAACAUUUAUAAUCAAUCAAUAAAUUCGAUAGCUUUAAUCAUGAAGAGGCAUUAUUUAUCAACCCGGCUGGAUUAAUAAAAAUAAUGUUUUAGUUA